AGAAAACAUUUCGGGCACCUUUACUGCCGGCAUCAGUGAGAAGAAUCCUGGCAACUAAUGGGGAUAUAAAAACAUAACCUUUACCAGUGUUUUAGACAAACUCAGAUGACCUUCACUCUGUACCCGAGUGUGUGCGCAGAAUUGUGACCACAAAUACAUUUCCUUUGCUCUGUGCCCUUUCUGUGGAGUUCUGCUAAGCUGUCUGCCUGAGCCUGACCAUGUUCACUGGAGCGAGAUGAAUUUACUCAACGAGUCAGACGACACCCUCUCUCCCUCCUUCCCUCUUUCCUCCCUUGAGCAUAAUUUAACUGUCUAUGCCACCAAUGACCCCUCGUACUCCACCAUAUCCUUCCCCACAUCGUCCUCCAACUGCACCAGCUCUCCAUCACCCUCCUCUCCGCCGUACAACUUCUAUGCAGUGUUGUUAGUCCUUCUGAUCUUCUGCGUGGUAUUUGGUAAUGUGCUGGUGUGUGUGGCGGUGUCUCGAGAACGUGCUCUGCAGACGACCACCAACUACCUCAUCGUCUCCCUGGCUGUGUCCGACCUGCUGCUGGCCACGCUAGUCAUGCCCUGGGGCGUCUACCUGGAGGUGGUGGGAGAGUGGCGAUUCAGUCUCAUACACUGUGACAUCCUGCUCACCCUGGAUGUCAUGAUGUGCACCGCCAGCAUCCUCAACCUGUGCGCCAUCAGCAUCGACAGAUACACAGCGGUGGCGAUGCCGUUGCUCUACAACACCAGAUACAGCUCCAGGAGGAGGGUGGCAGUGAUGAUUGCUAUUGUGUGGUUCCUCUCCUUUGCCAUCUCCUGCCCUUUACUGUUCGGGUUGAACAAUACUGCUAAUCGUGAAGGCACCACAUGCAGCUUUGCAGACCCGGCCUUUGUGGUGUACUCAUCUGUGGCCUCAUUCUACGUUCCUUUUAUUGUAACAUUGCUGGUGUAUGCCCAGAUCUGCGUGGUGCUGCGCAAACGGGGCAGACGCACUGCACCGCCACGCAGACAUGGUUUGCUCACACAAGGUGGGGCUGAAGGAAGAGAAGGUCACCGACAACGGAAGAAUAAGUGUACACAACCAGAAGACGUGAAGCUGUGCACCCUGAUCCUGAGACCUGCCUCUGCAACCCCACAGCGCAAGAAGGUGACCCUGGUUAAAGAGGCAGUGGUUCACCCUCUUGAAGUGGAGCCAGGUCACUUCCUGCCACAGACCGAGCAGAGCUUAGCUCCUCCCCCUGCUCCCCUCGCUUCUUCCCACUCGGGACGGCCCCGGAUCUCCCUGUCCAUCUCAGUUGGACCUGCUCCUGUUCUCCCCUCAACCGUGACACGAUCGGCUCUGACACCUCGUCCUCCCACCCUUGAGGAUGGCAUGAGGGGCCGUGAGGGGUGGAGGGAGCGCAGCGGAGGCAGAGAGAAAUGGGGCAUCUCCAAGGAAAGGGCUAGAGGGAGGCUGUCACAGCAGAAGGAGCGGAAGGCGACUCAGAUGCUCGCUAUUGUGCUCGGUGUGUUCAUUAUCUGCUGGCUGCCUUUCUUCCUGACUCACGUACUGAAGGCCCACUGCAGGAGCUGCUGCAUCUCACCCUCUCUGUACAGCGCCGUUACCUGGCUGGGAUACCUCAACAGUGCCGUCAACCCUGUCAUAUACACCACUUUCAACAUUGAAUUUCGCAAAGCUUUCAUCAAGAUCCUGCACUGCUAGGCCAAAGGGAUAAGAACUGUCAGCUGUCCAAAAAAUAAAUAAAUGCCUGACAUCAGUUUGAGCUCCGAGGUGAGAACGACUCGACUAAAAAAAUAAAGAAGCGCGUGGCAGGUUUGUUACACAGACAGGAAAUGAGACAAAAGUCUGGACAGCUGAUAAGUCAAAGUGGCACAGACCUUUCAGAGGUGAAUGAAGAGAUAAUGUAUCCAACAGCUUAGACAAGACUAAAGAAAGAAACUAGUAGGCAAACACAAAAAAAUGUGUGACAAGUAGAAGACAGCUACAAGAAACCCAAACAAGUUGGAGAUAUUUAAAGAAAAGAAGGCAUGCGCUGUGCUGUAAAGAUAAUACUCUUGUCAAGAGAAUUUCUGAGGGAAGGGAGUUUUGGUGGAGCAGCUUGAACUUCACAGAAGUUGGACUCCCGGAGGCGUGACUGUUUUUCCAGUUUACUGGAAGGCUUGACUCAUGUCAGACACACACUGUUGUAUUUUCUUGUAAUCUUGACAAAAAGCAUCUCAUCAGUUUACACAUGCUUGUCUUUCUCAGAGGACUGGAAUAAGUUGAGGCAAAGGAAAGUAAAAAACAGGUUGCCAUGACACACUUUUCACACUUUUUUAAAAUCACGAUUAAGUUGCAUCAUGUUGCAAUUAUUGACUCGGUGACUGAGCACCAACAGAGUCAGAGUCAGCUUUCACUCACUGUAAUGUGUACAGUUUUUGCUAUGAAUAAGUUGCGUAUGUGAAGCUGAGCGUUGUAAA